GGGACCGCCAUGGCGGCAGUGGCGGCUGGGGGCGCGGAGGGUCUGUUCGCGCUGGAGGUGCUGGUGGAGGCGGUACGGGUGGCGGCGCCGGGUCCCGCGCUGCGCCCGGCUGUGGCGCUGCGCCUGCUGGACUUCCCCACCCUUCUGCUGCGCCCCGCCGCCGGGACGGCCCUGCGGCCGGGACGGGCCUUCCCCUUCGGCCGCGGCAAGCGCUGCCUCUUCCGCUGGCCCCGGGGCUCGCUCUGCGCCGCGCUCCGUCGCCGGCCGCUCCGCGCCCUGCUCCUGGCGCUGCCCGCCGGGCUCGCCCCGGGGCCUCCCCGCCUCCUCGGUAGCUGUGGCGUCUCCCUAGCCCCCGCCGCCGCCGAGCUGCUGCAGCGGCCCGGGGCGCCUGUCUCCUGCGGCCGCCGCGGCCGCUUCCCGUUGCGGGACGCCGCGGGCCGCCCCGUCGGGGAGAUGGUCCUGGGCUACCGCCUCACCAGCCUGGAGGCCGGUGAGGAGCCGGCACCGCCCAGCCCCGCUAGCCCCCGUGCUGCCACGCUGCCUGCCACCUCCCCUGAGCCUGGGGGGGAGGAGGAGGAGGGGGAGGGGGAGGAGAAGCUGGAGGGCAACAUCUUUUGCCCCCCAGUGCUGUACUAUAGCCACGAGCCUGCUGAGCCUCAUCCACUGCCAGCGGCAGCAGCCAUGGGGAAAAGGGAGCAUGUCGAGGCCUGGAGACCGCAGGAGAAAGACGAGGGCCAGAGCCCCCCACGUCCCAGUGCUGGGCCCUCGCUGUUGCACCCUGCCAGCCCUCAGCAGCUCCACAACACCCUGGGGCAGCUGCCACUGCUCAGCGCCUUGCUGGCAGAGCUGUCAUUGCUCACCCACAGCACUAUGCCUGCUGCUGUCCACCCCGAUCUGGUCCAGCGCUACCAGGCCCGGGGGAGUGGUGGCAUGGCUGCACGGUCCCCCAGCCCCAGCCGCUCCUCUCCCCUCAAGCCUGCAGAAGCAGCUGAGAGGCCUGGUGGAAGCAGUGGAGCUGCCAGCCCUCGAUUCAAGCAAGGCAGGCAAGAGGCCACCCCGCCAAGGUCUUCUCGGGCUGGGAGAGGACCUAAGAAAGCUGUACCCCAGGGAGAUACAGGCUCUGAAAGGAACUGCAAAACUAAGGAAAACAGACCUCCCAGAAGAAAACUCUUGUAUGGGCUGACAAAUACAUUGAGGCUACGGCUGCAGCAGACCAACCCUGAUAAGCUGAUAAUUCAUGAAAGGAGAGAGCAGUACAGAAAAAAGCAAAUGGAGAUGCUGAAGGGGAGAAGCCCUUUAUCCAAAAGAAAGACACUCAGAAAUGCUGGAGAACAGCAUGUGGUUUCUUACAGGCAUUGUAUCAAGGGAGACAGUUCAAAGCAGAAUAAUCAGUUUGAUAAAACUGUUGGGACUUCACUAGAAAACGGUGCUCUCACAGAGUGCAUUUCUGUGAUGGGAGAUGUGUCCCCUGACCUGCAGGAACAGGCUAUUGCAAGUCUAUUGAAGAAGGACGAAAUUGCAAGUGAGGAACGUUCAUGCAAAGUAAAUGCAGACCCCUUGGUGGAUGAACCUGUAUUUAAAUCUGCUCAAAAGGAAAAGUAUGUGAAAGCCCAACUGCCAGCAGCUUUCCCAUCAGAUGCUAAUGUAAAGGGAAGUAAUGAGGAAGCAAUACACUUAAUCCAUCGUAAAACCACAGAGCAUGAUACAGCAUCUGUUGUCAGUGAUCAUAAACCGAGCCCCAGCAGGAGUGUUGAAAACAAUUCUGAAUUCAUAUACUCAGAUGACUUCGUUGCUAGUCCUGAGAACACAGUUUAUUCAGAAGAUUUCACCAGUGCUGAGUGUACGGGCAGGGACUCAGCAGCUCUUGACAGCAGUCCUGAACCUUUGUGGCUUGAAAGCCCAAAGCGAGGUUGGUCAGAUACAGAGCCGGAAUCCAGCAGGUCCAGAAUUUCAAAGACAAGUCAAAGAGCUGAAGGUACUUCAGACCUUGUGCCAGUUCCUUCAGCUUCAUCUCCAGUCCAGUCUUUGAAGAGAAACAGUGACUUAAAAACCAGCAAGAGAACUAGUGGUGAAUCUGUUGAUUCACUUAACCUUGCUCAAAUGGAGGCAUCAUUAUUAGAUGAAGAACAGGAAGCUCAACAGAUCAGUAAGGAAGAGAACAGGGCUGAUCAGCACAUUAAGCAAGUAUCUACACUGAGAAGCAAACAAGUUAGCUCUGUUACUGAUCCGAGUAUAGGAAAGGGGCAGACCUCUGCAGGAAAAAGCCAGCCAGUAACUCAGGUUAGCUCACUCUUGCCGUCUAACAUGUCUGAUCUUCAACUUAGUGUCCUGGAAAACAGUAUGUCAGACAAAGAGGAUGAUUUUCUGGGAAAACUAUGUGUUCCUAAUCAAUACAAAGACAUCAGUGAACUUGUAAUAAACAAGCUUCCAGGAUACACAAUGUAAUUACAAGUUGCCGCUGCCUGGAUUAAGAUAUGAGAUGUAAACUUUAUAAGGCCUGUUACGUUUAGCUGCAAUAUAUACAAGUUAAUUUAAGACUUUAUCAUGCACAUUUAAUACACUGGUGAAUUUACUUAAGAGGUCUUUUAAAUAAACGACUGUUUGAAUCUCUAAUGAAUGGCUCUUAAGUGGUACCCACAGCAUGAGUUCAGUGUCAGUAUCUUAAUACAAAAGUAAUCCAAACAGCACAAGAAGCAUAACUUAACUGUCAAAAGCAGAAAUGAAGACAGAAGCACCAAAUGCAGUCAGUACCCACAAAACUUGUCCAGGGUAGAAGUAACAACGUACUACAGGAACAGCCAAGUACAAAAUACACUCCUAACUGAACAUUUUUAUUCCUUAUGAAAAUAGUUCCAUGCUUUAUCUUCAUUACAAAUAGUUACUUAAAACAUA